GAGGGGACGCGCGCUCCGCGGUCGGGCCUGGAGUCAUCGGCGCCACCGCUGCCGCCACCAGCUCUACCGUCACCAGUCCUUGACUGCGGAGGGGAAGAUGGAGCCAGUGACCGUCGCUAUUGACAGCGGGGACCGGCCCGGAGCCCCGGCGGGCUCAGGCCUGUCGGCUUCCCAGCGUCGGGCCGAACUGCGGCGGAGAAAGCUGCUCAUGAACUCGGAACAGCGCAUCAACCGGAUCAUGGGCUUUCACAGGCCCGGGUGCGGCGCGGAAGAAGAAAGUCAAACAAAAUCAAAGCAGCAGGACAGUGAUAAACUGAACUCUCUCACCAUUCCUUCAGUUGCAAAGCGAGUAGUGCUGGGUGAUUCGGUCAGUACAGGGACAACUGACCUGCAGAGCAGUGUGGCCGAGGUAAAGGGGACUCAGCUGGGAGACAAAUUGGACUCUUUCAUUAAACCACCUGAGUGCAGCAAUGAUGUAAGCCUUGAGCUCCGGCAGCGGAACAGAGGGGACCUGACAGCGGACACUGUUCAGAGGGGUUCUCGCCAUGGCCUAGAACAGUAUCUCUCCCGAUUUGAAGAAGCAAUGAAGCUCAGGAAACAGCUGAUUAGUGAAAAACCCAAUCAAGAGGAUGGAAAUACAACAGAAGAAUUUGACUCUUUUCGAAUAUUUAGAUUGGUGGGAUGUGCUCUUCUUGCCUUUGGAGUCAGAGCUUUUGUUUGCAAAUACUUGUCCAUAUUUGCUCCAUUUCUUACUUUACAACUUGCAUACAUGGGACUAUACAAAUAUUUUCCCAAGAGUGAAAAGAAGAUAAAGACAACAGUACUAACAGCUGCACUUCUGUUAUCUGGAAUUCCUGCUGAAGUGAUAAAUCGAUCGAUGGAUACCUAUAGCAAAAUGGGCGAAGUUUUCACAGAUCUCUGUGUCUACUUUUUCACUUUUAUCUUUUGUCAUGAACUGCUUGAUUAUUGGGGCUGUGAAGUACCAUGAAGCCUGCAGAACUCAGAAGGAGAAGCUUAAAAAAAACAAUUUCUCUUCUAUAUUGCAAUGUCUUUAAAGAGGCAAAUCAGUUUACACCUUUAUGUAAUUCUUUUACUUUAUAGGGGUUGUAAAGCUACUUGAUUAGGAUUGGAAUGGCAGGUUCCCUGAUUUAAAAGGGUUGAGUUUGUAUUAAUAAUGAUGUGAAGAAUAGAAUACCAUUGUCAUUAAUUGAUUUUUCUUGUUUAAUUAGAAUCCCUAGUCCUACGCCUUUCCCUAACUUCUCAGAUUUGUAAUUAUUCUUUUGGGGGCUGACCUAGUGCUUUUAGGAGAGCAGGUGAAUGUGGUCUCAGCCAGCCCCAAUGACUGUAUCUUGUGUUUGUGUUGUUCUGUCUUAAGAAAUGGAGCCAUCUUAAAAAUAAAAUGAAAGAA